GUGGCGGAUAUGACGUUUACGGAAGUAAUAAAAUCCACCAUGGCGUUUAAUGAAAAAACUGCUGUUCGCCAAUUUACCAUAAAAGAAGACGGUGAAGAAUUCGUAGUAUUACAGAUAAAUGUUGGGGUAGACGAGACACCUGCUGUGAAUGACUGGUGUCGUCUUUGCUCUAAAUAUUUGAGGAUAAAUGGCGUCCUUAGCCACACAGUGCUUCUUUUCGAACGGAGUAAAUUACAGCAGAAAUCUAUGUCGGACAGACUGGCGGAUUUGGGAUUGAACUUAAAACCAAGCAAGAAUAAAUCAACACGCAUGUGUAGAUCAUGUUCACAAAUCGUCACACGUUUGGAAAAUGACUUGGCUGCCUUUCGCAAAUGGAAGGAAGAAGAGGAAAAGAGAGACACGGAUGAAACAGCAUCGACAGACUCACCUGAAUCCAGUGAUAAAAGAGCACGCUCCCCAUCUCCACCUGCAACACCCAAGCCUCUACCCAAGAAGCUCCGUACUAUCCCUCUGGCCUGUCAGAACACGAGGAAGAGUAUCACACAGGUCAUAACCACCUAUGCAAACAGCAGAUCAGAGGUCAAAGUCCCUUCUGAAAGUGAAGCAGGAAUCAUCCAAAACAUUGCCAACCAAAACUGGAGGACUGCGGUCAACUUGCUUUCCACCCAUAAAGAGCUUUUCGAUGAGGUAAAACUAAAGAUUCUUGUUGGUGUCAAUGAUGAAAGUCAGAGGCUCUCAAAUCCCUACAACCAAAGUAUGCUGUACAAAACUACUCCAGAUGACCUUAGAUCUUUUUCUAUGGACAAACUGAUUUCUGAACUUGAGCACAGAUCAUCUUUGUUAUGGUCUAUUUUUCAAACGAUCACCAAAAACAAUAAUGAUGAGGCUGCUUGUACUGCUCUUUGUAUAGCACUCAGAGGGAGGGAGCCCCGAGUGUCUGCAUUGGCCUAUCACAUCAACAGUAUUAUUGCACGUGGAGGUAUGAAGAGGGCUGUGUUUAAAAAGCUCAGCCAAAUGGGAAUCACAACAUCACACGGCCUAGCUUUGACAAAGCUAAAAGAGAUGACGCGCACUAAAAAAAGAGCCGCCUAUGGAGAGACUGUCUCUGAGAUAGAUGUUCCUGCUGAACCGUUACAGAACCCUGAUGAGGAACUGGACAAUUCAGCAGAUCCAGAAGAGCUGAGGACUACAGACACAGAUUUGGGGAGCCAUUUGGAUUCUCCUACAGAGCAGGAACUUUCUACUUGCUCGGAAAAUAUUACAUGACCAUUAAAAAAAGUAAAAAAUAUUUGUACUUUAUAAUUGCCUCUUGGAUGUUAUUCUACAUCAGUAAAAUUACUGAUAUUACAAUAUUAUAUAUUGUGUAAUAUAUAAUAGGCAAGUACUAUAAUAGGUUUGUAUGGCCCUGCAGUACUCAAUUUGCACUUGGACAACAAAUUCUUCAAAUAAGUAUAUUACCAGUGUGGCACAGUCCUAGACAAAUAUAGCUGUCGCACAUUAAAGAAUGUACAGUAUUUAUUCGUAUUUCUUUGCCCACAAUCAAAGUUUACUUUUUGGAAAGCAAUUAACUUGCAUCUGGCCAAACUGGCCAGUCCUAUUAUGUACUGGUGU